AGGCCCCGGAACUGAGUUACUAGGGGACACGGUCACCAAAUGGAGCCACUCUGGUUCAGACUUCAUCCCAGGUGGAUCUUGCUUUACCUGUGUCUGGUGUCAGAGGGCAGGAUGCCGAAGUGUGGGCAGAAGGGAGGGAGCUGGAGCUCCUUCAGAGAUGCCUUCACUUGCUGCUUUGGCCAAAAGAAAAGGAAGUCUCCAGAAAACUCUGUGGAGUUCUCAGUUGGUGAAUGGGACUUCUGGGACCAACAAAGAAUACGGGGAAAUGACUUCUCCUGCCUCUUCUAUGAGGAUGACAACAUUCAGGAGAGCAGCAAGGUCAUUGAAGUGGCAGCCUUGGUCCACAGAGCAGAGAAUGAAGGGGACAUGAUAACAGACAUGACCCACACUGGGGGAGAAGGGAGCUUGGGAAAAAGGGAUGAUGCUGAAAAACCACAGGCCACUGAUCUGGACAGGGAGGCUGGUGACACAUCAUUCAACUAUUUAGAGUAAAG